AUGCCGGCCAAAGCACCCAGUGAAGGCACCAAAGUGACUCUCGGCAUGGACGCCCCCGUCACGAAAGAGGGCACCGGCGCUGUAGCCUCCGACUCUCUAGCCGCCGAGUCGCAGACCUUCCGCAACGCCAACGACGUCCGCAACACCACGAGUGCGGGCGCCCAGACCACCACGGGCAACGCCACAUCCUCCGCCUCAUCGGGCGGCUCGGGCUCCGGACCAGGCUCGAAGUCGGGAGCAGGCUCGGGCUCGGGAACAGGCUCGGGGGGGACAGGUGCGGGCGCGGGUUCGAAACACGUAGACACCGCCCCCACCUACGUACUGAACCAGUACCACCGCGACCCGGCGGGCCCGCACGGCAAGAACAUCAAGGAGGACGACAGCAUCGGCACCGAGGACAAGACCAAAAACACCAGCUUCAGCGAGUUCGGCACCAAAAACGACCCGGCGGCGCUGGCCGAGAAGAAGAUCGAGCUGGGGAACAGCGCGGUGGGAGGAUCGACGGGCGGUCGUGAGAAGGGUGUUGAUGGCAAGACUCCUUAUGAUGCACUUGCUUCGGAGGAGCAGGCAUGA